UUUUGCGAUCUUUCUUACGGUACUCAAUAACUCCCGCCAUAAUACGCAAUGGCCGGCCUUGCCACGAUCGUUGUUGAUCUCGGUCGUGAGAACCCAAUUGUCCCUCUCGCUCUGCUUGUGAGCUUCUCGGCCUACUCUGUUGUGCGGUAUUAUCGUAGCCCGUGGCGGAAUGUCCCUCCUGGGCCAAAAGGGCUGCCUAUCCUUGGGAAUGCUCUCGAGCUCGGUGGAUCGAAGCUUUGGUUGAAGUUGACGAAAUGGCGGGAGGUAUAUGGCGACGUGGUUUUCCUGAACGCGGCAGGACAACCCAUCAUCGUACUCAACUCACCCAAAGCGGCUGCGGACCUCCUCGAUAGGCGAGCGAGCAACUACUCGAACCGUCCUCGCAAUGUCGUGGGCUCCGAGAUGAUGACUGGCGGACUCUUCAUGGUGUUCAAGUCUUACGGUGACCUCUGGCGUCGCAUGCGUCGCGCAACACAUGAGGGUCUUUCCAAAUCUGCCUCUACCGUCUACCAACCUGCCCAAGUCGCAGAAUCCAUACUCCUCGCUCUUGGCAUCCUAGAGACUCCGUCUCAAUGGCACCCACAUAUCCAACGCGCCAGUGCCUCUUUCACCAUCAACCUUCUGUACGGGUCGGACUCAGUGGCGAAGAAAGGGGAGAACGUGGAGAGUGUAGCGUUGUCAGAUGCGACGGAUAGUAGGGUCGCUGAGAUCAACGACUUUGUUGCGAGGUUGACGAGUGCGUUGUUGCCCGGUUCCCAUCUUGUGGAGUUCUUCCCAUGGAUGAAGCACAUCCCUGCUACGUUCGCGAAAUGGAAACGAGUAGCACUUGCAUCAUACAAGAAAGACUCAGUGCUGUUCGAGAAGAUGAUGGACCCUGUCACCACCGGUCUGGCCAGAGGCGACGAGCCUUCCAGUCUGAUGGGCCGCAUUUCCAAGGACUACGAGCGCUACCAACUUACAAACCGCGAGAAUGCCUGGCUCGCUGCUACGAUGUUUGCCGCUGGCUCAGAAACAACAGCAGGCGUCGUCACAUGGUGGGUACAGGCCAUGAUUCUCUACCCCGAAGUCCAGGCUCGUGCACAGGCGGAGUUGGACGCUGUUGUAGGGAGGGAUCGUAUCCCCACCUUCGCCGACUACGAACAUAUGCCGUAUAUGAGGGCUAUGGCCAAAGAGGCGCUGAGAUGGCACCCAGUCGACCCGCUCGGUCUUCCACACAUGUCCGUCGCAGACGACAUUUACGAAGGCCAUUUCAUCCCCGCCAACUCACUCAUCAUCCCCAAUGUCUGGCUCCUCAACCAGGACCCGCUCGUGUGGGGCCCGGACGCGAUGGAGUUCAAGCCGGAGAGGCAUCUGGAUGAGAAAGGGCAGUUGAAGGCGGUCGGACCUCCGGAUGCGAGGGAGGAGAGUCACUUUACGUAUGGGUUCGGGAGGAGAGUUUGUGUGGGGAAACAUGUCGCGAAUAGCUCGUUAUUUAUCGAGAUGGCGAUGAUCCUUUGGGCGAUGAACAUCGAGAGGCCGAAGGAUGCGAGUGGCAAGCCGGCACCGAUGGAUCUGGAGAACUGUAUCGAGGCUGGUCUUGUCGUUGGCCCGAUGCCGUUUGACAUCAAGGUGACGCCGAGGUUCCCCGAGGCUGCGACGAUAUUGGAGCGUGAGAAGGACGUGUUGAAGCGGUGAUGUGUGUAUGAGCUGUUGCGCGAGUUCGUUGGACGAUGAUGUCUCAUGUUGAUCUUCUUACAUUAUGAGGUGGAUUGUAUACACUGUUUCGAUUAUGGUAUCUAUAUAGAUAAAAUGACAUUCGAGCAUCCUUGCUCCCAUUGUCCG